CAAUAGUUAUGCAAGGAGUAUACAGAAAAAUAACGUCAGUUAUAAAGAAAAGUGUCAUCAUUAUCUGAAGAAAACAAUGUGAUUAAUUCAGUAAUCAAAUAAGCGAUUAACAUAUUAACAUAUUGCGCGUGGUUAAUUUAGUGAAACAGGGUUGCUGAAAACAGUUCUUAUCAAUUAAACAUCAGUGCAGCGCGAAAAGGGACACUUAAAAGUUCAUGUCAAGACAGUUUGCACUUAUAAAACGUUAUAUAUAUAAACAUAUGUAAAUAUUUUGACGCUGGGUUUACGUUGAGCAUGGGGGAAGUUACGUUUUAGACGUUAACACUUUAACGUUACGGCUGUCUAAAAUACUGAACGCUACGUCGCUGUCAUUGGUAAACUCUACUUGAGAUGUUAAUGAAAUGUUGUUAAGCUAGAUCGUUCAGUUUGAGUAAAUAUAAAUUUGACUUGAUUAAUAAAAGUUAUUGUUGCGUUUUUAUUUAGUGACGUAAAUGCAAAUUUAAGCGUUGUAAUCUUAUAUGAAAAGGUGUAUACAACAUUUUGCAACAGAAAAAAAAAACACAAAGAUAUGUACGUAAGCUGGAUUAAUGAUAUAUAGAUGGGGUGAAAUAAGUGUGUCAUGUAUUAAAUUAAACGUGGUUUUUAUGAUAAUAUUAAUGUAAAAGGGUGAAUAAAAAUUCAGCCUACUAGUAGUUAGGACACCAUUACAGAAAGAUGUCCAUAUGUGAAGUGGAUUUAUAUAAUGUACAAAAACAACGAUUUAUGAAAGCAUCAAUGCAAAAUACCAGUAAAAAGUGUGAUAUAUUUGGAAAUGUGUGCAAAGUGUGGACUUUAAAAAUAGUGAAAGUGUAUAAUUUGCAUUUAUGUAUCGAGUUGUUGUCGGUGUAUUUAAGAUAAUUCACCAGUAAAAAUGCGAGGUCUCGAUUUCAAUCAAGUCAAACAUUCCCGUUAAAGUUUGAACGUUGAACUGUCGAUUGCAAUUAUAAAAAUAUACACCUGCAACGACCUCCAAAAUUCAGAUGUGUGAAUAAUGAUGACUUUCAUAAACCAUUAAAAGUGCGUGAUGUGGAUGAGUUUCACAAACAAUUAACAGUGUGUGGUGUGUAUGAGUUUCAUAAACCACUAACAGUGUGUGGUGUGGAUGACUUUCAUUAACCACUUACAGCGUGUGAUGAGGAUGACUUUCAUUAACCACUAACAGUGUGUGAUGUGGAUGAAUUUUAUAAACCACUAACAGUGUGUGAAGUGUGAAUGACUUUCAUAAACAACUUAAAGUGUGUGAUGAGGAUGACUUCAUAAAUCACUAAAAGUGUAAAGUGAAGAUGACUAUCAUAUAUCAGUAUAAGGUCGCGAGCGCCUCAUUUUUGGGGUUCUUUCGACUGCUUAAGGCUUGGAGGGGGAGCGUUUACAAGCUCAUCUAUAAGGAGACGAUAGUGUUCUGUGUCAUGUACGCGAUCAUUAGCCUCGUAUAUAGACUCGCCCUGAACGCCACGCAACGCAGGUUAUUUGAGCAGUUGGUGGCAUACUGUAACAUCUACACGAACCUGAUACCCGUGUCGUUCGUGCUCGGGUUUUACGUGUCCCUGAUUGUAGGUCGAUGGUGGACCCAGUUCAUGAACGUCCCAUGGCCCGACAGAACGUUGUACAUUAUGGGUAGUUAUCUUGUUGGCCGGGACGAAAACAGCCGGAUGUUGCGCAGAACGGUUGCGCGGUACAUGCUAGCGAGUCUCGUUCUCAUCCUGCGGUCAGUAAGCGUCUCGGUGAUGAAGCGCUAUCCCACAAUGGAACAUAUUGUAGAUGCAGGUUUCCUUACGCCAGCAGAAGUGGGAAUGUUUGAGAAUGUGAACUGCAAAUACAACAAGUUCUGGGUGCCGCUUGUCUGGGCCAACACCGUUCUCACUACAGCUCGCAGGGAGGGUAUUAUCGAGUCGGAAUACGGGUUUAAGUUCGUUUUAGAGCAAAUUGCUGACUUCAGAGACAGAUGCUCCACUUGUUUCGUGUAUGAUUGGAUCACCAUUCCGUUAGUGUAUACACAGGUAGUGACAUUAGCAGUUUACAUGUUUUUCGGGGCGUGCCUUAUCGGACGUCAAUACGUCGAAAACGUGGCUGACGUGCCAGAUCUGUACAUUCCGUUCUUCACUCUACUACAGUUUCUCUUUUAUAUGGGCUGGCUUAAGGUAGCUGAACAAUUGAUAAACCCGUUUGGCGAGGACGAUGACGAUUUUGACAUGAACUGGCUCCUCGAUAGACACUUUACCGUGGCGAUGAACCUGGUGGACUAUUGCCACUCUGUGCAUCCGCCGCUGGUGAAGGACGUCCAUUUUGACGAGGUGACCACGGACGAGCUGCCUUAUACCGAGGCGGCAAUGGCCUCCCGCCGACCCAACUUCAUGGGGUCCACGUAUAACCUCGAACGGCCAAGUACUGUACACCAGAGGAACAUCGCUAAUCCGGAAACGUACGAGGCGGCGCACAUGCACCACGGGAGCAUCGCCGGCCUUCGAAAGCGCUCCAACACAACCGGGCGAGUCGGAGUCGUAGGCGGCGGAUCAAGUUGGAGUUUGUUUGGGGCCAGACCUAGCAUACAGAAGUUCGGUUCCCGAGGCACGCUGAGCUCGCUGGCGAACGGCCACCCGGCGCUAGGUCCGCUCAAUUUCUCGGCACCGCCGGACUCGGAGUAUCCCCGGAAGGAACAUCGUGACAGCAAGAGCAGCCGCAUCAGUGACAUCAGCUUUGCGACGAGUCAGGGGUCGCGGAACGACUUCUCAGACCUCCCUCCAGAAUACGUGCCGCUAAGGCGCGCGAGGACUGCUUCCGACGCGGACCACACUCCGCUCAGGCGCCUCAUUGACAGUGAGCGGGAACGGAAGUGGAGCUUCCCACUCAGUUUGCUCAAGCGUCACUCGAAGGCGGCAGUCGGAAGGGAGUUUCCUGGGGAGAGGGGUUCCAUCCAUUCAGGAGGCCCCUCGAUGGAUUCAAACAUGGACGCAGAUGACAACUCGCCGCUGUUGACGCCGGGGACACCCCAAAGUCAACACAAAAGCCGGUUCACGGUAGAGGUCGUGCCGGGUGACCACGAGGUGGACGCGAGCAAAUCGGCCCGGAACAAACAGAUAAUCGAGAAGCACAUGUCACAUAUGGCCGUCUCUCGCCCACCGGUCUUGUCAGCAAUUGAAGAGGGAAACACUAUUAGGAGCGUUAAGGAGAUCCUGACGCCAUCCAGUCCCUCCAACUUGUCACUAGAAAUGACGGACGAAACAGUCCAGCCACUUCCGGCCACCAUCGUGGAGGAAGGGGACGACGUAUUCUCUUCCGGGGACGAGGGUCUAGGAGACCUGUCUGACAUAGAAGACACGAGAUUUAGCGAGAGUCUGGAACUUCCGGAACGGAUAGGAAGGCGUCGGUUGUUGAGUGAAAGCGGCGAUGAAGAGCUGCCAAGUAUUCACGUUGAGGAAGUGUGAUGUCAUCUGUGACGUAGCUCGUAAUAUACUCACAAGGAAUGGCGUUAUUUACUUGCGAGGAGUGACGUCAUAUACUCAUAAGGCAUGGGUGUUAUAUACUUGCGAGGAGUGACGUCAUACACUCGCAAUGCGUGGAUCAUGGACUCGCACGGAGAAGUGUCAUAGACAAAUGACAUGAACAUUGUUUGUUAAUGUAUCGGCAUUUUUUCUGUGCAAUGGAUAGAGAAAAAAAUACAAAUACAGGGCGCAAAUAAUAAAGUAACUUGCCAUGCAAGUGGCAAAAAUACUAUGACGCAAUAAAAAGGUUAUGCAAGAACUGUUUGCAAUAAAUGAUAAUUAUGAACAA